GAAUGAUGGCCUGGAGGUGAAUGCGGAGGGAGAGGAACUCUCAGUACCUCUGGUAGGUGGCUGCAAUGCAUUCAAUUUAGAUGACUCAAGGUGUGAUGAAGUUUUAAAUGGUUCAUCUCUUGAGGAAGCUGGAUUUUCUUCUGUCUCACAAGCUAGUGUAUCUCAUACAACAUCAAAAAACCUGACUUCUGAGGAGAUCCCUACAAUGAGAGACAAAAUUAAGGCAGCGUCCCAGUUAGACAGCACUUUUCAUUUAGAUGGUUCAAGAACAGAUCAUGGGAACAUACCUUCUCCUACAAGCUCUCCUGAAAUCAGAAAUCUGGACUCAUCUUAUUCUGAAAGAAAGGGAACCGAUAAAGAGGAACUCGUGGUACCGUUAGCAAAUGAAUGCAAUGGAGAAGAUGAUGUUGAGAAUGCAGAAAUUGAUCAUUGUUUAUCUCCUGAGGAAACUGGACUUCCUUCACAGAAUGAAGGUCUGGAGAAGAACAAGGAUGGAGAGGAACUCAUUGUACUCUUGGACUCCAAUGCAGUGAUUUUAGAUGAUUCAGGGCAGGAUGAAGUUCUAAAUGGUCCAUCUCCUGAGGUAGCUGAACUUCUUUCCAUCUCUCAGGAUGGCACGUACAACACAGAUUCGAUCAGUUCACACCUUUUUACAUCUUCUAAACACACCCUUGCACCACCAGAUGGAGGUGAAGCAGAGCCUUCUUUAGAGAACGCAUCUGAUUUAACUGGUGCAAGUAGAAAUGAAGACGAAUCAGAUAAUGUAAGUAAAAUGGAGAAUCUCACUGUUCCUGAAUUAUCACAGAUCAUUUUAAGCACACAUAUGGUAGAACAUCUGGGACAGAUUGAUGAAGCUAGGGUCAAACCUUCAGAGGUAAAUAGUAACAUAUUUGUGGAUCUAUCAGUAGAUGCUAAGAUGUUCGUAGAUCCAUUAAUGGGUGGAUAUCCUUGUGUUCAGUCUUCUGUCAGCUCUAGUCUUCAGCCUGAAGGUGUAACAUCACUCCAAAAGGAUCAGAGACACUUUUCCAAUCCAAACAUCAACAAGGAGAACUUAUUAGAAAGUUCUCCGUCUAUUAAAGACAGUGAUGAUUAUUCAGCAGAGGAAGAUACCUCGAGUCUGUCGUGUGCUAACGGUUUUAUUCCAGAGCUUCACGUUCCAAUGAAUGAUGAACAAACUUUGGAUUUGGACAAUGAUCAAACUGAAAGGCGGUCUAAAAAUGUAGAUGAUUUGAUAAAUGUGCCGUUUCUGAACACUUUCAGUGUGAAGGAAUUCACGGUCAUACCCCAGAAAGAGCAGGAGGUCAUUUAUUCAGAUAACUCGGGUUAUAUCGACUCUUAUGUGAUGCCAUCUUCAGCUGGUAAAGAAUCACAAAGUGUUCCCUUCGAUCGUGUUCGAGGAGAUGUUGUAGACAGCUAUGUAGGACAACUUCCAGGUCCAGUUGAGGUUUUAUUCAAGGAAUCGACUCCUUUAGAUUCUCUUAACAUCACCAAAUUCACUAAACAGGUCCUGCAAGGAGACCAGGCUACGUCUGAGAAGGUCUGUGCGAAAGAGCAUGAAGCUAGUAUUUCAUAUGAUGAUUAUUGUAUGCAGGAAACCUCUGGCUUAAAAGCCUCACUGCAUUUUGAUGGUUCACAUCAUGGUUCAGACACAAACAAUAACACGAAGCAGCACACACCUGAGACACCUUGCACUUUACAUGCUCCUACACUAGAACAGGAACUCUGGAAUCAUGUGCAUCCAUCCAUGCAAGAUGGUCCCUCGAACGUCUUCUCAAAUUUAUCAAACAAUUCUGCCGGCUUCUUUGAGAUCUCUGAACGAGUCAUGAUGGAUUACAAAAGGGAUAAUUCAAAUCCACUUGAUGUAGAAGAUGCUUCUCAGGGGAAGAUGUAUGGUAAAGAGUGCCAGUUGGGGGAACACCAGGACAUCAUGGUAGAUCCUACUGUCCGUCCAGUCGCGGAUGCUCACCGUGGACUGAUUCAUUCCAGUUGUCAGAGCUCUGAGUUUUCAUACGCUCUUUCUAUAAAUGGACCUACAUGUCAGAAGAUCCUCCGAGAGCAAAGCCAAAUGCCUCACUCUGCCUCCGUCAGUGUUACCAGUGGAUCAGGAACUUACGAAUCCGAAGCAGCACCUUUUUGUCCAGAUUCACUUCAGAUCCAGAGUUACCCUUCCAUAGAUGUUAGCACUGGCCUAGUAUCAGAUUUGGAGCCCAUUAUGGAGUCGGAGCACCCUCAGGAGAUCUCAGAGAGUUUGAAUGGAGAACUGAAGGAUCUUGUAUCAUCUGCGAAUGAGGACGAAUGCACCCCUUUACAAAGGGAUGAAAAUGACGCGCUAUACAAUGUCGGGUCUAUGAGAGGAUUUUCUGAUAAACCAGGAGAUGUAGACACCACCUCUUGUCUGACAAACGAGUGUGAUGGUAAUGAUGAUGAUAUUCCCAAUUCCGCAUCUCCAGAUCAAGACUUUAUUACAACAAACAGUGAAGAAGUUGAAGAUCCCAGUCACGGCACAACGGGAAGCAACUCGAACUCCACUGGCAGCAGCCAGAGCUUAUUAAAGAACAAGGAGGCCAAGAGCAUGUCUGCAGGGAAAAGCUCAAAGUUCUCCAGGUUCACAAGAAUCCCCUCCUUCCGCAAAAGCAAGAGAGAGAUCAAGGUUGGAAGCAAGAUUGAACCUGAGAGCAAAAUAUCUCCUGAGGUUGGAGAGGAGAGAAAUCAGACACCUAGUCAUAAUCCUACUGUAGAUCACUUGACAAAAUACGAGGAUCAGUCUAGUGAUGUGGUCUUGGGGAAAGCCCUUGGUGUAACCUGGAAUGGACAAUCCAAAUCCACGUCCAGCUCCAAGAAUACACAACAACAUGACAAAUACAGUGAGCGAGUGCAAACGAAACCUGUUCUUGACCCCCAGAAGAAAAGCAAGAGCAGUGAUAACUUCCGCAUGAAGCUCGCACUGGCUCAGAAGUCUCUGUCGAGCUUGUUCGAGAUCCGAACUGCUGAAAAAGACCACCAACAGGAUCCCAACGUUCUGAACCAGGAUACAAAAUCCAAGCAACCUUGGGUGAAGAGAAAAAUGUCUAAGGAUUCUGAGAUGCUAAAGAGAACUCUCUCUCUUCCUGGACCAAGUGGUGCCAAGUCUAGAUGUCGCCACCUGAGUGACUUAGUGUCUGGGUUAACCGAGGAUCGUCCGGAUCUUCAGGGAUUCCAGAGCUCCAAGGAGGAUUUUAAAAGCACAUCACACUCCGAAGCAUCAGUGUCUGGACCUGAGGCGGAGCCUGUUGAGAGGAAUACACUAUCUAAUGGCUUAGCUAAAAACUUUGAGGCUGUCCAUAGUCAUGAGAACAUCUCGGAGAAACCCAUGCACCCUAGUGUUUUUGCUCUAACAAAUCAGCUAUCUCCAUCCUGGACAAGAUCCCUGGGUUCCUUUGAAGGACUUGAUACACCAACUAAGCCAAUGACUCCCAAACCACAAAAUCCUGGGGUUUGGGGCCAGAGGAGCAGCCUCCGCUACCCCUCAAAAUCCGUUGCCACCUCCCUGUGUUCUCUUGGUGAGGGUCCGAGUUUGGAGGGACUGUCAGAUCGUUCACAAAGGCGAGUUGGACAAAGAGCAACACAACUUGCGUCGGCUCAGUCCUUUGAGUCGGAGUACUUACUCGAAGACAUCAACUCGGACAACCGAUCUCAAACCAGCCUGGUGUCCACCAACUCCGCCACGCAGUCUGAGGAUGGUGGUACAUCAUCUCUCCAGUCAUCUUCAUCCGUGCUCCGUGUCAGAAGACGCGAUCGGCGUGUGGUCCGACCCAGACCUGUCUCUGACCUCUGCAGCUGGACUUUACCUCUGCGGGAAAUCGGAGAAACGGCGGCCGGUGCGAUUCAGGAGAGGAACGUCACAGAUAAUUGGACGGCUAAGGCGCAGAAGAGAUCGUGCUCAGAUGAGCUGCUCGGGGAGUUCCAGGAAGUGCAGAAGACGAAGGUGAUGCUGCAGAGGAGCCUCGGGACGCUGAGCACCACAUCUGAAGAGCAGCAGAAAGUGCGGAUGAGACUGUCCUUCACUUCUCCACAGCAAUUGUCCUCCACCUCUCUUAAAGACCACUUCUUCUCUCAGAGCACUCCGAUCGGACUGGACUGUCUCCACUGGCCACGCCCAGUUUCAUUCUCAGAGUCGUGUCUCGUUCGACCUUCAGAGCACACACUCGCGCAGCCGGCCGCUCUCGCGUUGGUGAUCACUGAUGGACCUCAGGAUAAAUCGGGUCUGGGUGAUGAGGUGGGCAGUGAAGACGAGCUGUACAACGACUUCCACAUUUCUGCCAAUCGCUUAGGAGGAGGAGAACAACUCGCCAUUAACGAGCUGAUCAGCGAUGGCAGUGUGUGCGCCGAGGCUCUGUGGGAUCACGUCACCAUGGACGACCAGGAGCUCGGCUUCAAGGCCGGAGACGUCAUCGAGGUGGUGGACGCCACCAAUAAAGAGUGGUGGUGGGGACGGGUGCAGGAGAGCGAGGGAUGGUUCCCCGCCAGCUUCGUCCGGCUGCGUGUGAAUCAGGAUGAGCCCCUGGAGGAUGAUGUAAUCCAGGGGGCGGUGGAGAGCGGGGGGGCGGGGGUGGGCGGGUCGUGUGGGCCCGGGUUACCGUGUAAAGAGCAGAUGAGGGCGAACGUGAUUAACGAGAUCAUGAGCACGGAGAGAGACUACAUCAAACACCUGAAGGACAUCUGUGAGGGCUACAUUAAACAGUGCCGUAAGCGGACCGACAUGUUCACAGAGGAGCAGCUCAGGACCAUCUUCAGCAACAUCGACGAACUUUACCGCUUCCAGAAGAAAUUUCUCAAAGCGCUGGAGAAAAAAUACAACAAAGAGCAACCACACCUGAGCGAGAUCGGCUCCUGCUUCCUGGAGAACCAAACGGAUUUUCAGAUUUACUCGGAGUACUGUAACAAUCACCCCAACGCCUGCGUCCAGCUCUCCAGACUGAUGAAGAUGAAGAAGUACGUGUUUUUCUUCGAGGCCUGUCGUCUGCUGCAGAAGAUGAUCGACAUCUCGCUCGACGGCUUCCUGCUCACACCUGUGCAGAAAAUCUGCAAAUAUCCACUGCAGCUCGCCGAGCUCCUCAAAUACACCAACCCUCAGCACAGAGAUUAUAAGGACGUAGAAGCAGCGCUGAACGCAAUGAAGAACGUGGCGCGGCUGAUCAACGAGAGGAAACGACGCCUGGAGAACAUCGACAAAAUCGCUCAGUGGCAGAGCUCCAUCGAGGACUGGGAGGGUGAGGACGUUCUGAGUCGGAGCUCUGAUCUGAUCUUCUCAGGAGAUUUAACCAAAAUCUCUCAGCCUCAGGCCAAAGGUCAACAGCGCAUGUUCUUCCUGUUCGAUCAUCAGCUGGUCUUCUGCAAAAAGGACCUGCUCCGGAGGGACAUUUUAUAUUAUAAAGGACGUCUGGACAUGGACCAGAUGGAGGUGGUGGAUGUAGAAGACGGAAAAGAUAAAGAUCUGAACGUGACGGUGAAGAACGCGUUAAAGUUGAUCUCUCCGGACGGAGCAGAGAUUCAUCUCCUGUGUGCUAAAAAACCCGAGCUGAAGCAGCGCUGGCUCCGAGCCUUCGCCGACGAGCGGCAGCAGGUCCGACACGACCGGGACACGGGAUUCUCCAUCACAGACGUGCAGAAGAAGCAGGCCAUGCAGAACGUGUCCAAAAAUCCUCCAGCUGGAAAACCUAAAGUGGUGACUCGUCCGUAUUACGACCUGCUGUUGCGCCAGAAGUCGCCGGCGUUGCCCCAGCAGGUCAUCAUGCUCGCCGAACCCAAGCGCAGAAACUUCUGGCACAACAUCGGCCGCCUGACGCCGUUCAAGAAGUAGAACCGGAACAGGACGUGCUGCGGCGUGCGCUUCACUUUACUACUAAUCAUUAAUCUCCUCCAGCCGGCAUGUGCACAUCAUGGGUUUAUAUGCGAUAUACUGCGCUGUUUACAGUGCACGGUACCCACAUCGUCCGUAUUUCAGCUCUGUCCUGAGGGCGGAGGAACCACGCCCUGACUGCGUCGCAUGUGUCCUUCUCCUCGUGCCUGAAUUUGUGUUUCUGUUCAAGAAUAACUUUUGUUUUACGUUUCAACGUAAAUGCACUUUACGGGUCGGUUACGAUCGAGACUGAAAAGGAGCCGGCCGUCUGUGUGUCAUGAUUAGCAUGACGGCUAGGUCUGCUAACACACGGCUAACGCGACUACUGCUGCACGUCAUCCGACAUGCUUCUGUUACAGUCCUGAAUGGCUUUUCUAAAUUUAUUUUCACGUCCAAAACUGGAUUUUAUACGUCAUUUGAUACUGUGUGUGUGUGUGUGUGUGUGUGUGUGAUACUGUUGUGUUGAUGUUAUCAGAAAAAGCGUUAAACAUCGUUUUAUUACUGUAUUCUUUUUAUUUUUAAAGUGACAGUUUAGCCAAAAAUGAAUUGUACAUGAACAUCCUGAAUUUAUUUAUUUAUUUCUGCCUGAACUGUCACGUUCAUGUUUUCAGGUUUGUGCCUCGUCCUCGUUUGCAUAAUAACUCGUCUAGAAACUCCUCUGAAGUGCCGCUCGCAGUAAAAACACACGGAGUGGCCUGAACAUGAACUGCUGUGAAAGCCGCCGUUGUUGGACGUUUCCGACCCGAAUGAGUGACCCGCUCGCUCAGUGUAAAUAUAAAUAAAGGGGUUUCACUGAUAAAACAGUGUUAUAAAGAUAAAUAAACUGUUUAACGACGUAA